AUGGAAAUAGUGAGAUACAUAUUUAUCACAGCACUAUUCGUCGUCACCAAUGCAAAAACAACGACAGAGACAAAGAUAGAAAAUACAACACACAACUGUCCAUUUACAAGAAUAAUAGAAGACAUAUUUAAUAUUAAAAAUAAAAGCACAAGUGUUAAUAGCUACAAUAAUAAAACAAAUUUGUAUUCAAAUGUAACAAACAGUUUCAUUUCCGGUAAUCAAAACAUCACUCAAUCUAUUCAAGAUGAAUUAGUGAAUGAUAUCAUCGCAUCGAUACGAAGAAUAAAAGCGAAUCUUUCUAUAUCUGAAGAUCAUAAACUAAACGAGGCAAUCAUACUCAUGCCAAAAAAUAAUCAAAAGGCUGAAACUGAAUCAGUGGUUAACAAAAAAGUCAAUCAAAUCAAAAGCGGUAUAGAGGAUAAAGUAGAUAUAUCUUAUAUCAACUCAGAUACAAAAGAAGGUAAUAAACAUGAGAUAGAUAACUCAAAAUCUACCAUCACAAAACCUACAAGAAUUGACAAUAACUCAAACAAAGCUAACUAUAUUGAAAUACUUACAAUAGAACCAAAUAAUACGAGUAACAGCAACACAACAACGCAUAAUAUUUUAGAAGUAUUGAAAAAUCUAAUGCCAUCACUAAAUAAUUCGAUCACAAAAGAUCUUCACAGCAUCACUAUCAUUGAAAAGAACCAAAACAAAAACCAUUCUUAUACAGAGACGAAAAAUAUAUCAACAAUUAUUGUUAAAUACUGUGAUAAAGAUAACACGACUAAAAACGAAACAACACUGUCAUCACCAAUUGUGUCGUUAACAGAUGAUGACUAUGAAUUAGACGAUGACACAGAUUAUGAAGAAGUUUAUGAAGAAAAGAUUCCAAAUAAUAGAUCUAGUGAGAAUGCUAAAGAUGUGUUAGAAGCUGCUGAAUAUGGAUUACAGAAAAUGCACGAGUUAUAUGGUAUUUUAGAGCCAAAAUUAUAUUCGAUGGGUCUGUGGUUGAAUGAAAAGGACCCCGCUCGCUACGUAGCAGCCUUCAACGCACCUUCCGAAGAUAUCGCCAAGUAUUCGCGAUAUGGCUACGCUUCUUUACAAGCUGCUUCUAAAUUGAGACAAUUAAUAAGCAGUGACAAUGGAGACGGGAUUGAGAGCCGCACAGAAGAAAGCCAGUUUCCCGGCGCAAGUGCACUGCGACAGUCGUCUCUACUGGAGCAGUGUCCGCUUCGAGGUCCCCCUAAAUGCCCACCAGCUUCUAAAAGAUACCGGACUCAUGAUGGUACAUGCAACAACCUCAGCCGUCCAAGAUGGGGUGCCACCAUGACCCCCGUCCAACGUUUUCUCCAACCAGUCUACUCGGACGGUAUCCAAACACCACGCAAGUCCAUCUUCGGGGCCACUCUUCCUUCAGCUAGAGAAAUAAGCGCAUUGAUCCAUGAGGACAAAAAUGUGGAGAAUUCCGGUGUUACUCACUUGCUGAUGCAGUGGGGUCAGUUCUUGGACCAUGAUAUCACCUCAUCUUCACAAUCCAGAGGGUUCAAUGGUUCGGUUCCGAGGUGCUGCAAGGAUGGUGGAAGGGAUUUCAUACCUAAGGAGUUUAUGCAUCCAGAAUGUAUGCCUAUCGCCGUGCCACCGUCAGAUCCAUUCUACGGUCCAAGAGGUGUUCGUUGUCUGGACUUCGUACGCUCAUCUCCAGCUCCUCGAGACGACUGUGCGUUGGGAUGGAGAGAGCAGUUCAAUCAAGUAUCCGCAUACAUCGAUGGGUCCCCGCUUUACGCCAGCUCCGCCAGACAGUCGGAUAAACUCAGGCUCUUCAGAAAUGGAAUGCUACAAUAUGGGCGCGUACAACAACGUCGACCGUUACUACCGCCGGACCGCGAUGAGCUCUGUCGUGGCGGAGCAGUCUCUACCGAGUGCUUCAAAUCUGGUGAUGCAAGAGUCAAUGAACAUCCAGGACUGGUAGCGGCACAUAUUGUUUGGCUGCGGCAGCACAAUAGAAUGGCUCAAGAACUCGCACAUCUGAACCCACACUGGAGCGACGAAAAGAUCUACCAGGAGACUCGUAAAAUAGUCGGCGCGAUGAUCCAACAUAUCACGUAUCGAGAAUUUCUACCAAUCGUGUUAGGAAGUGAUGUAAUGCGUCUGUUUGAAUUGGAGCUACUGCAGAAAGGCUUCUAUCGCGGUUAUAGUCCUAAGAUCAGCGCUAGUCCGGCAAGUGCCUUUGGAUCUGCCGCUUUUCGUUUUGGACAUAGCCUCGUACAGUCUUCCUUUGUUCGCUUCGACAGGUUCCAUCGCCCUAUCAAUAACAAUGUUUCUCUCCAUGACGAAUUAACUAACCCAUCUAACAUCUGGAGCAUGGGAGCUGUCGAUCGUUUACUCCUCGGGAUGGUGAAUCAACCGAUACAGAAACGUGACGAAUUCAUUACCGAAGAGUUAACUAAUCAUCUCUUCCAAACUCCUCACUUUAGCUUCGGGAUGGACUUAGCAGCUAUUAACAUCCAAAGAGGCAGAGACCAUGGAGUCCCACCGUACACCGCUUGGAGAGAACCUUGCGGCUUAUCAGCUAUAAGUAACUUUGACGAUCUAUUCAGAAUGAUGCCUGCUAGAGUUGUAAGGAAAUUGAAAGUUUUAUACAGACACGUUGAUGAUAUUGACCUGUUCACCGGUGGUAUGGCAGAACGGCCUGUUAUUGGAGGCUUGGUGGGUCCAACCUUUGCCUGCAUUAUCGCUCAACAGUUCUCUAAUUUACGGAAGGGUGAUCGUUUUUGGUAUGAGAACGGUGGUUUCGAGUCUUCCUUCACGCCAGCACAAUUGCAACAGAUACGAAGAAUAUCUCUAGCUCAAGUGCUCUGUCGUACUUUAGAUUCAAUCGACAACAUUCAACCUUUUGCUUUCCUCUCCCAUCAAAAUCCUGACAACGAGCGGAUAUCUUGCCGUACUGGACAGCUUAAUAACUUUGAACUAUCGCCUUGGAUUGAGAUAAAUUCGGAUUCUACCAAUGACGUCAAGAAAUCCGAUGAAGUUGAUCCUACUACUACGAAACCCAGAAGAACAAAACCUACUACAGCUAGUCUUGAAACAACUACACGAAAAUCUCAGAAAGUAUCACAAGGUAAUCGCAAGAAACCAAACGUUGUGCAUGAAUCCAAUAAAUCACAAAAAACAACUCAAAAUUUAAAUGAAACUGUUACUAACGACAACGACAAAGGUGAUAAAAAUACUACUGACUCAAAACCUAACAUUAUUUUACAAGCGAUAGAUGACAAAUUAGACUUUAGGAAUAAGACAAGACGCUACAGUGACAUUGACAUACGAAAUCGAUUCAACCCAAACAGACAAUACAAUGACUAUUACGAUGACGUGCAAAAUGUACAAUCUGUAGUUAUUAAUAAUACCCCAAAUAAAAGACCUAGUAGACCAUACAUUUCUGUGACUGAAAAUAUAGACAAAUACACAUACUUAAUAAAUUACGUACCGAGACCGACUCAGUCUUGGCGACAGACUACACGACGGAGCCACGACAGAGAUGUAGUUAAAGUUACUUACCAGAAUUAUGAUGAUACAUACAGACGACCAAACAGACCGUAUUAUAAUAGAGAUGACUUAGACAAUGACUUUGAAUCGAGAGACAACAAACCGAAUGCGCCCGUGACUGAAAAUUUUCAAUCGUCAGCUCGAUCUAAUGAUGAUAAUACUUUUGACAAAAACCUUAAACUUUCCACUGAACAGACGGUAAUUACUAACAAACCAAAACUCCAGACAAAUAAGACACCAGUUGACAAAAUAGACCCAACGACUGAAAACAUUUACAAAUUACUUACAUUCGGUUAUGUUGGUACUUACAGAGGUGACGUGACAAACAAUAAUGGUAAAAAUAAUACAAUUAAUACUGACAAAGACAAAAAACCUGACGUAAUAAGCAAAGACUUCUCGACUGUUGAAACUAAGGCAUACGACGAUAACGUUACAGACGACUUAAGCAAUGCUAAACUAUCGACAUUCAUUCUCUACGAAACUGCAACAAAACCAUAUAACUUACACAGACCGACAAGACGUAACGAUGACGACCAUUUGACUUUAGACACGAGAAAUAAAUACUUCUUUAUGCAUAACGUAUUACACAAAUACCCAGAAGGAUCGUCGCUUAAAGACUUCAAUAAAAAUAAAGGUGAACAAAAAAAUGAUGAGGUUAAAGCGGUUUCACAAUCAUUAGAUGAUUUAGGAAUACAAGAAAGGUCAGGAAUUAAUAAGUUACCUUCCAACGCAGCUGAAUCUAAAACUGUUGCUAAUGAGAGGCCAAAGCGUAAGAAGCCCUCUUCUUCAGUGAAAACUCCAUCAGUUGCUUUCCAAAUAAUACCCAGUGAAAACAAUCCAUCACAAUGGGCAGUAUACGAUGAAAAAGAAGACUUUCCCGUGGUAUUACCUCAAAAGAUGCCUUCCAUUAAAUCUGACCCUUACGCUCUCAGAGAAAUUCCCAAACCAAUGAACUUUAACAGCUUAAAAAAAAGACCUGGAAGAAUUUAA